UUGGCAGCGCAGGUAUAUAAGCUCAGCAGAAACCUGUUGCUGAGCACACUGCUCAGGAAGAAGGACAUCAGACACCACACCGCCAGACAACAAGAUGUUUACACAAAGACAGACAUGCCUGGAGAAGGCCCUCUUCUCAGCAGUGGCAGCGGUGAUUCUCCUGACGGCGGCAGGACAAUCUGCGAUCCUGGCCGACAGCAUCCCGACCACAGCAGCUCCUCUCCUGUCAAAUUCAUCUCUGACCCCACAGCUCAACGACAGCAGUGCGGAGGAACCUCGCGUUCUGCACCUGCACAGAUCGUGUGGAAGCGAGCACGAGAAGUACUGCGAAAACGGUGGCGAGUGCAUGUACCCCCAAGACAGCGACAAACCUUUUUGCAUCUGCACGUCCUCGUACAGUGGGCCCCGCUGCCUUUUCAUCAAUGAGCCCACUCGCUCUCGGCCCGAGUUAGAGCAACUGAUUGGCAUCAGUUUUGGGGUAGUCAUGCUCAUCUUUACCCUGGCCAUCAUAAUUUACUGCUUUGCCUAUAAGAGGUGUAUAAAAUCAGCACCACUAAUAAAAUCUGCACCAUCUGAGACGUCAGUGUGACUCCUACAAUAUACUGUUCCUCCUCCUCCUCCUCCUCCUCCUCCUAAUC